AUGUCCGGAAAUACAAAAGAUCGCAUUGCUGUAUUCCCAUCUCGAAUGGCGCAGACUAUGAUGAAAACUCGUUUAAAAGCUGCUCAAAAGGGACAUAGCUUGUUGAAGAAGAAAGCUGACGCACUAAAUAUACGCUUUCGUUCAAUUUUAGGAAAAAUUAUAGAGAAUAAGAACUUGAUGGGUGAAGUGCUUCGUGAAGCAAAUUUUUCAUUAGCAAAAGCUAAGUUUACUGCUGGUGAUUUCUCACAUAUUGUUAUCCAGAAUGUCUCACGUGCUCAGCAUCGCGUUCUCAUGAAGACGGAAAAUGUUGUAGGUGUAUUCCUGCCAGUUUUUGACCCAUACAUCGAUGGACCAGAUACAUACGAUUUGACAGGUCUUGGUAAAGGUGGUGCAAAUAUCGCAAAGUUGAAGAAAAAUUAUAGCCAUGCCGUAGAGUUGUUGGUUGAGUUAGCAACGUUGCAAACAUGCUUUAUAACUCUUGAUGAAGCUAUUAAGAUUACCAAUCGACGUGUCAAUGCUAUUGAACAUGUGAUCAUUCCAAGAAUCGAAAAUACACUUCUGUACAUUCUUACCGAAUUGGAUGAAAUGGAACGUGAAGAGUUCUUUAGAAUGAAGAAAAUACAGGCUCAAAGAAAGAAGAUUCGUGCUGAGGCAGAAAAUGCAGCCGCAGAUUAUCAAAUAAAUAAGGAAACGAAUAACAAACCACGAAAUAUUUUCGAAUGUCAAGACGAUAUUCCUAUUCUAUUUACGUAG